AUGAGUCUUCCAUCUCUGCAGCACUAUCACAAAAGGCCGUAUGGGGCGAUUUCACCAUUCCGGCCUGAACUGAGUCAAGAUGGUAGGACAGUCAUUGUAACAGGAGGCAGCAGUGGAAUCGGCCUCGCCAUUGCUCGUGGUUACCUUGCGGCGGGCGCUUCGCACGUCAUUCUUCUGGGCCGUAGACAGGAAGUUCUAGAAGCUGCAGUCGCUAAGUUGCGACACGAAGCGCAAACCUACGAGCAAUCUGGCCAAGUUGAAGGUAUCGUUUGUGAUGUCUAUAACCUCGCAUUAAUCGAACGGCUAUGGCGUUCGCUGGAAGCCAGAGUCGUUUUCGUUCGUGUUUUAGUGCUGAGCGCUGCCGCAUAUGGCGCUACCGAGACCAUCUUACAAGGAGGGAUCCAAAAGGUCUGGUCGGACUUUGAGGCCAAUGUCCGCAGCCCGUUGGCCAUGACGGACUACUUCUACAAGCAGAAAAGUGGAGGUUAUCUCGUCAAUGUAUCGACUUGUGCUGCAUACAUGUGGACGACCAUGGGCCCUGAAAGGCCCACCUAUGGCCUAACUAAAAACUCUGGGACUGCUCUUCUCCAGCAGAUCGCGAAGGAUGUCAAUCCAUCCGACAUGCAGAUAGUCAGCUUCCACCCAGGAGGGAUUUUGACGGACUCUGCAAGGAAGCUUGGCGCGCACGAAAACAUGGGACUCGUAUUCGACGAUGAAAACCUACCUGGCCAAUUUGCUAUCUGGGCUGCUAGUUCCGAGGCAAAGUUUCUGCACGGCCGAUUCGUGUGGGCAAACUGGGAUGUAUCCGAGCUUAGCAGCGGCGACCUGCGCCGGCAGAUCGAUGAAGAUGAGCACUUUCUCAAAGUUGGUAUAGAGGGGCUUACUGAGAAGACUGGAGGCAUGAUAUUGACUUGA